GGGCGCGGGUCACGCCGCCAGCAGCCGGAACCCCGAGGCCCGCCCCAGGCCGGCAGCCGACAGGGCCCCCGCGCGGGGGAGGAGGGCGGGCCGGGCGCCCGCGGGGGUGGCUCGGGCUCCAGGCCGGGACUCCGCGGUGGCGGCUGGGCACACGGCGCGGCGCCGAGAUGGACGCGCGGGACUGCGCGGCCGCCUGGUGGGAAAUGGUGGCGCGGAACCUGCGAUCUAUUCCACAUUCCUGUUCAACACUAGGAAGAAAAAUUGCGGCUCUGUACAACAGCUUUACUAGUAAACCGUUAAAAGAACACAUUUUUCCUCCUUUGAUGAACAUGCUAAUAUUUUUUAAUUUUUUCAAAGCACCCUUUCUUGUGGAUUUAAAGAGACCGGAGUUAAAGAUUGCUCACACAGUGAACUUCUAUAUCAGAGUCGAACCUGGGGUGAUUCUGGGAAUCUGGCACACGGUUCCCAGCUGCCGGGGUGAGGAUGCGAAGGGAAAGGACCGUUGCUGGUACGAAGCAGCCCUUCAUGAUGGCAAUCCAAUCAUUGUUUAUCUUCAUGGCAGCGCGGAACAUAGGGCAGCUCCUCACAGACUUAAGCUCGUAAAGGUGCUGAGUGACGGUGGCUUUCAUGUCCUGUCUGUGGACUACAGAGGGUUCGGGGACUCCACAGGGAAGCCCACAGAGGAGGGGCUGACUGCAGAUGCUAUUUGUGUCUAUGAGUGGACCAAGGCGAGAUGUGGUACCACCCCUGUGUGUCUCUGGGGCCACUCUCUGGGUACAGGAGUUGCGACCAAUGCCGCAAAAGUACUGGAAGAGAAAGGAUUCCCAGUUGAUGCUAUUAUCCUGGAGGCUCCAUUUACCAACAUAUGGGUUGCAAGUAUCAAUUAUCCCUUGUUAAAGAUUUACCGGAAACUUCCAGGAUUUUUACGCACGCUUAUGGAUGCCCUGAGAAAAGACAAAAUAGUCUUCCCUAAUGAUGAAAAUGUUAAAUCCCUGUCUUCUCCCCUUCUCAUCAUACAUGGUGAGGAUGACAACACGGUGCCUUUGGAGUUUGGAAAAAAGCUCUAUGAAAUUGCACAUAAUGCAUACAGGAACAAAGAGAGGGUCAAGAUGGUGAUCUUUCCUCCUGGUUUCCAACACAACUUGCUCUGUAAAAGCCCCAUGCUGUUAAAAACUGUGAGAGAUUUCCUGAGCAAGCAGUGGGCAUGAGGGCUGAGAGGGAUGGAAAUCUACAGUGAAGACUUGGUCUGAACACCAUCGAUGAUAUAUAUUUUUUAUGGGAAACUGCACCGGGCUGCUUGGAUGAGCUGAAGUCACUGACAUUUCUACAAGUCACCUGCCAUUUUAGUAAGGAGGGAAAGCAUGGAUGCUAGGUGUUAUUGAAAGUUCUCAUUUACCUUAUCUCAGUUUACUUUGUGGAACAAACUGAAACCUCACUGUAGAGAAUCAGAAUUUGGUAAAAUUUGGACCCCAUCUAAAAAUGUGCAGUUAUUAAACAUGCUGGGGAUAUUUAUGAAUAAGGUGGUCUGUGGUUGGGACUUAAAAGUGUAGGAAAGGUGCUCCGAUGUAGUUAAAUACCUUGUUUUAGUUUAGCAAAUUUAAAUGGAAUUAAAACAUUUCAAGUA